AGUCCCGAUCUCUUCUUUGAAUUCAAUUCCUCCCCUCUCUCUCUCUCCCCUCCUUCCAUCUUCCUUCCAUCAACCCACGCACCCAACCAACAUCCAACAUGACCCGCUUCGCUGCCAUCUCCCGCCCUCUCGCUGCUGCUGCCCGUGUCCAGGUCGCUCGCUCGGCCCUUGCCACCCGCUCUGCUGUCCAGAUCCGCCACUACUCUGAGCACCACGAGGAAUCCUUUGAGGACUUCACCGCCCGUUUCGUCAAGUUCUUCGAUAACGUCGACGAUCUCUUUGAGCUCCAGCGUGGAUUGAACAACGCCUUCGGAUACGAUCUCGUCCCCUCGCCCUCCGUGAUCGAGGCUGCCCUCAAGGCCGCCCGUCGCGUCAACGACUACCCUACCGCCGUCCGUAUCUUUGAGGGAUUGAAGGUCAAGGCUGGCUCCGAGGCCCUUUACAAGCAGUACUUGGAUGAGUUGGCCCCCCUCAAGACUCAAUUGGGUGUCGAGACCAAGGAGGAGCUCGGCUUUUAAGAUACUUUUAGAGCAUCAUAACUAAAAGGAAGCGAGUUUGAAAAAGGACAAAAAAACAAAAAGAAAAAAGAGAAAGGAAGACGAAUGGACCACAGGAAAGAGGAAAUCUGAAUCUUUAUAUUAUUAUUGCGUUUCUCUUUUCUGCUUUUAACGCUGCUGCGUGAAUGAACAACAAACAAUUCCUCAGCACAUCGAUACAAGGACCCAUUCUUAUUUUUUUUUACUUUACUUUUCUUUUUCUUUUUUUUCCUUUUUGUGCUUUUGAUUGUCAUUGGAAUAACAAAAAAAGAUAGAAACAACCGAAUAAAAAAAAUACAUUACUGCUUUA